AAGUCCAGCAGAUACGUGGACAUACUCUGUCAUACAUGGAUCUAUUACUUACUUCAACGUAGUCAUCAUUGAGUCUGGGAAUUUUUUGUAUUCUUCAUUGUGCAAGAAAAAUUGCAUACCAAGUAAUACCAAGUAUUAAAGAGCAGCAUACAUAUUUGUUGUACGUCUUCCCGUCUUCUUAAGACAUACGAAUACGACCUUCAGGUACACAGCGACAUAGAUACGAGUAGAAGCCAACGUCAACAUCGGAUCUGCAAAUUUGUUAUUUUUUGUUGCUAAUGUGUGAGCAAAUACCUGAAUGUGGCAGCAGUGGGAGCUCAUUUUAUGCAGUUAUAUCGAGUUCGAUGGUUUAUAAGAAACAUCAAUUCCAGUGUGGCUGUGAAUAUUAAAAACGUUUUAGUUUGUCUAACUACAGGUGUGGUGCCGUCCGAGAAGAAAAAGUACUCUGUUGUUCCUGGAUUUCUGAUAGUACAAUAUCAACCAAACAAUUAUUAUGGCAAAUUCCUUUGUAUAUUCCGUUGGAGGGGUAGCGUUGUUGAUAGCGUCCAUUGUUGUGGCUCAAAGUGGUGACUCUGGGAACCUCUGCAUCGGAGUCCAAGUUCAUCCUGAUUUGGAUUCGUGCAUAAAAUGUGUCGAAACUCACAUAAACGCAACAUCCACUAAAAAUUGCACAUUUCUAACAACGGGAGGAGGAGCUUUAUGUGUUAAUGUUACGCAAUUCCCAGCUGAGGAAGCAGGACCACCCUCGACAAAUGUCACAGAAUGUCGCAAAAACCUGCCUGACACAAAUGGAACAACUCCUGCCCCAGCGACCACAACGGUCCAACCGACGACCAUUCCUCCGAACUCGACUACGACAACUGUUCCUACGACAUCUAUCCCUACGACAACACAACCUACUCCGACCACCUCCGCCAAGCCUACAACUCCUACGACAUCGACACAGCAACCAACGACCCCGACUCCUUCCAAUGGCACCACCGCUGCCCCAAGCCCCACACCUGCACCUCACUCGGGAGGAAUGUCAUUUGCGUCCUUUUUCGCUGGGAUCGUAUUCACCUUAUGCAUGAGCGGUUUGGGUUAUCUGAUAUGGCGUUUCUACAAGGCAAGGAUGGACCGAAACUAUCACACCUUUUCUAACCCAACAUUUUAAGUCCUGAAUCCUGUCCUCUCAACUUGGUCCAACGCUUCUCUCCACGUCCAGUCAAUUUUUGUGUGCGUGUUUUUUUAAAUUAGUGUAACAACAAUUAACAUUGUGAGUUUAAAUUGUGUUUGUUGAAUUUUUCUUAAUUAGGGAUUGAGUUUUAUUUGAAAUCUCUCUCUAUUGUACUGUGAUCUUGUUUAUGGAGAGUUAAAACUAACUAUCUAUGCACAAUUUCGGUUAUUCUCCAGCUAAAAAUUUUUAGAUAUCGUAGUUUGAGAUGUCGUAUCGACAUUAUACGUAUUAAUAGAAUGUUGUUUGAAAUUCGAAGCUUUUGCCUGCUUGUUAAAGGACUUUUCCAACUAUAAUUUUGCCAACGUUCGCCUGUUGAAAAUGGAGAAAAAUUUAUAGAGGACAUGCAAAAAAAUCAUCCCGUCUACUAUGUCAAGAACGCAUGCAAAAGUGAACAAUGCUGUAUUGAGUGGAAUGUGUGUGUGUGAUGUCGAAUCGACAUUGUCGAUAUAUCAUCUUCAGUGAAUUCUGCUCAAGUAUUUUAACGAGCUAAAAGUGUCAAGCGUUGUACUUCUGCUUGGAUUAUACUACAAAUUCUAUACGUGUUAAGCCCAAUUACAAUUUUGUUUGUAUUUUGCUUUAUGUAUGUAUUUGCGUGUGAAAAUUAUAUAAUUAGUCUUUUACAUGCAUGUUUACGUGUGAAGAGCUGCAUGCAUCGUACUUAUUCCUUUAAAUCAACCGUCAAAUUAAUUCUAACUUGAUUAAAGGAAAUUUCUAUAUUUUUUACGACUUUCUCUAUUUGUCCACAAUCUGCCCAAUUUUAUAUUUCAGGUCUACACACCUGAUUUAAUUUAAAGCUUCUCUCCUUACCACCUGGAAACAAAAGGUCUAAAAUGUGCCCCAGUUUCAUUGAAAACGAAUCUUCUUCUCGAAUCUCAUCAGCUCGGUCAUUAAAAAAAUUGUCAAUUCACUGAAUCUCUUUCGAAACAAUUAGCAAAAAAAAAAUCUCUAUUCAAGUAGUUGUUAGUCGGUAAAUUUCUAAAAUUAAAUAUUCCCAUUGUUGUUUUGUUAGUCUGAUAAAAAUUGAAAAUAAUGUGGGACACUAAUUCAUCGAAUGAACUAUGCAAUGUUUUGGAUUCAUAUUGUUAAAAUAACAAGUAAUAUAUGUAUGUACAUUAACUAUUAACUGUCGUUAUUGUCAUUCCUAGUGAUAAAUGUAUUCUCUCUAAAAGAUGUUACUACAUGUAUGUAAGUCGAUAUUUUGUAAAUAUAAGUUGCAAUGGUGCCAUAUGUAAUUGUGGUGCCGGAGAUGAUACCGACCGAUAAGGCGAAUCGGUGUUGAAGUCAUUAUACAUAUAAUUUGAACCUACGUACUGCGUACAUAUGUAUGUAAGUGCACUAAUAAUUGUUAGGUCGGGUCACUGGUGGGGUAUAAGGAUCAGUUAAUCAUUAAGAGCUACAUAUUCCUAAGUUAGUACUAAUUGUAUCAUUGUUUAAGGAAUAAUGGUGUGAAAUUAUUUUCGAUCGCAAAAACGACUAAUUAGUUUAUGCUAUUGCACUCACUUAUAAUAUACAUAUGAACUCUGAUAAUUCGAUUCAACCAUAGUUUUAGUGUGGUGCUCAUAUUUAACGAUUAAUAAAUAUGCAUAAAGUAAAGUUCAUGUUGGAAUAAGUACAUAUAUAAAUUUGUUAUUCUUAAAUACGAGUACAUAAUACGUACUUCAUAUAAAUACGUGCAGAAAAAAUUGUGUGAUGUGAUGGACUAUGUCAAAUUUAUUGUUCGUUUGUGCAAAGAAAUAUGAAUUGUAAUGAAAAAAAAAUAAAGUUUGAAAUGUUA